AUUUUCUCAGUUCUUGAAUAUCCCUCUUUCCUUCUCAAACCAAUUUUAUUUCCUCUCGCAAAAAAUGGCUAUUAGAAAAUCAAACAAGUUGUCACAAACUGCAGUGUUGAAGCAAAUUCUAAAAAGGCGUUCGAGUUUGGGAAAGAAAAAUGAAUAUCAAGAUGAACAAGGACUUCCAAUGGACGUACCAAAAGGGCAUUUUGUAGUAUACGUUGGAGAAAAUAGAACAAGGUACAUUGUUCCAAUUUCCAUCUUGUCAAGGCCCGAAUUUCGGAUACUUCUUCAACGAGCCGAAGAAGAAUUUGGCUUUGAUCAUGACAUGGGGCUCACAAUUCCUUGUGAUGAAGAUUUUUUCGAAUCUCUAACUUCAUCAAUGCUAAGGUAAAUGAAGGACAAAAUUAGUCGGACCAGUAAGUCGCGGACAAAUGAAAAAAAAAAAAAAGAA